UACACAGCGUUCCAUAAUAAUCACUCCAAUCACAUGGCUGUUGCAUUUUGCUCUGUAAAUAUUAAUACGUUUGACGACUUAAAAUCAAAUCAAAAUAAUACACACAAAAUAUUGAUACAUGCUUAAAAUUUCCCGCGUUCUUUCGAUAUUUUGAAAUUAUAAACUUUUGUUUCUUUUUUGGUCAAGGAAUCCUGACCUUAAUACCUAAUUCGAUUCAUUACAAAUAAAAUUGGUUCGGACUCAAAAUAAACAUAAGAUGUUAUCGAAAUAUGGAGCUAUUUUGUUUUUGUUAUCGUUUCAUAUGAAGCUGGUAACAUCGAUCCGUUGCUACGAAUGCAGCAGCGCGAACAACACAAUGUGCUUGGAGCCGGCCUUAUACGACGCCGAGACGCUGGACAAGUACCUGCCGACCACCCACUGCGGAAGUGGAGUCGUCUCUUCAGGACACCACGCCUUCUUCUGCAGGAAGAUAAUGCAGACCAUAUUCCACAAAGGCUACGAACCGGACGUUCGGGUGACCAGAACUUGUGGUUGGAUACGUCAUCACCGCGACUGUUACAUGGCGGACAAUGAAGACCAUUUGGAGACCGUGUGCCAAUGUUUCACAGAUGACUGUAAUAGGGCGCACGGCGUCCAUCCUGUUCGAAUGAUGGGAAGCAUCGCCCUCUUGUUGCUAUUAAGAAGUUUAUCAUAAAUAAUAUUUUAACCCUAUAUUUAGAACAGUAUUUUAUUUUAAGAAAAAAGUGUAUUCAUUGCUAUUUUUAGAUUUUUCAUAAAUUGGCGGGAGAGUAGACUGAUUUUACACAGUUAUAAACAGUUGUCGGUUUCAGUAAUUAAUAUUUUCUUUAAGUAAGCGCCAUCUGUCAGUAGCAUUUGCAACUAAUACUUUCGAGGUUUCUAAUAUGAGAUACAGAUGGCGCUUUAAAAUAAAUCUUUUUUUAAAUUUGUUUUAUUCAUUAGCAUUUUAUUGGCGUAGUAUUAAGGCCAUCUCAGACCUUAAGGUCCUUAUCCACUAGACCUUAUCCACUAGACAUCACAAAAUGAAAGCUGCUGAUCCUCCCGAGACGGGGACGAAGUUGCAAUGACAUUAGAAAAACGACGAUACGACCCUUCAAACCAAUAUCGUGAUGCGAUAGAGCUUGAUAGAAGCAGUGAGACCCCAACGAAUAACAAAU